AUGAAAUUUCUGUGCUUGCCGGGGGCAUACUGCAGUGCGAAGGGUUUUACAGCUCAGCUCGGGCCGUUUACCACUUCUCUUCUCGAAACUGGCGAUGCCACAUUCAAAUUCGUCCAGGGCGAAAUUCAGGUGCAACCGCCUGAAGAGCAUGCUGCCUUCUUCGGGCCGCCGCCAUAUUUCGCCUUUUGCCAGGCCAGCAAAGGCGAUUUGGGCAAAUUCAACAUGAGUGACUUCCCCAAGCGCGACUCGGCGGAAGAGUCCAUGAGAGAGGCGAUCAAGAUGGCCAACAAUCCCAUCUGGAGCAAUAUUGAGCCCGUGCUGGAGCGCUUGAUUGGAAUCAUUGACGAAGACCUCGAGAUCGAUGCCGUCAUCGGCUAUUCCGAGGGCGGCCAGAUCGCCGCAUCGCUUCUCAUCGAGGAGGAACGGCGUCGCAAGUCGCAGGGCCGCAUCCCUCGUCUCAAGUUCGCGCUCUUUUUCAGUGGGUGGCCGCCCCUGGAGCCGAACAAGGGCAACAUCAUGGUCGGCGAGGAGGAUGCCGAUCCCCUGAUCAGUAUCCCGACGUGCCAUAUCAUCGGGGCGCAGGACCCGUUCCUAGAUGGAUCGAUGGUGUUGUACAACAUGUGCGAACCCGACACCGCUGAGCUGUACGAUCACGGGGGUGGGCACAUGAUCCCCCGGGUGAAGAAGACGGUGGACGACUUGGCUAGAUUUGUGCGCGAGCAGAUGGACGCCGUCGAGGCGGCGUAA